UCCAUUUAUUUCUAAAUAUAGGCUGGACCUGCUCUGCCUCUAUUGAGUGGACCAAGUCCCUUCUCGUCCCCCUCGGAUCCUCUAAUACUAGCUAGGGCUGCUCUACCCAACAAACCUCAACACAACGCUGGAAUGGGUCCUCCAACUCUGGGUCUGAAUACAAGUGCUGCCCCUGCUGGAGCAUUUGGAAGCUUCUCCGCUAACACCAGUUUCGGUGCUAAACCAUCCGGGUUCGGUGCCAAUACCUCCACAUUCGGUCUAAAUACAACAGGAACCCCAAGCCUUUUUGGUAAUACCACAGGGUUUGGCGGAAACACUUCUGGAUUUGGCGGGAAUACCUCUGGAUUUGGCGGGAACACUUCUGCAUUUGGCGGGAACACCUCUGCACUUGGCGGGAACACCUCUGGAUUUGGUGCAAACACCUCUGCAUUUGGCGGGAACACUUCUGGUCUGGGCACAAGCUUUUCGUCUCCCCCUUCUGGGAGCAAAAGGAACAAGAUCUAACCUUCUUCAAUUGAUCCCAGUAAAAAUAUUUUUCCACGAACACUUGUUGGACAUUUUCUUUAUUUCAGA